AUGCAGCUGCGUGUGGCGCAAGACGCGGGGGUUCCGCUCAUUAACCUGGUGCACAGCUAUCGAUUCGCCUCCAACGGCUUCUCCGCCAAGCUCUCCCGCGCGCAAGUCGCCAGGCUGCGCCAGCACCCCGCGGUGGCGCAAGUCGCGCGCGUGGCGGAAAUCCGCCCGUUCACCACCAACUCCCCCAACUUCCUCCGCCUGCCCGCAUCCCUGUGGGCGGGGAACGGCGGGGAGGACAGCGCGGGGGAGGGCGUGAUAAUAGCCGUGAUCGACACGGGGUUCUGGCCCGAGCACCCCGCCUUCUUGGAUAACACCACCAAGCCCUACCCGGACGCCCCGCCGACGUGGGCGGGCGCGUGCCCCGCGGAGAACAGCGCGAUGUGCAACCGCAAGGUGCUCACAGCGCGCCACUUCGUGAACGGGUACCUCGCGAGUGGUUACACCAUCGACGAAACCGCGGACUAUCUUUCGCCAAGGGACUCGGCGGGGCACGGCACGUGGUGUGCGGGAGUGGCGGGCGGCAACGGCCAGCUCCCCGUGAGCAUCUCCGCCACCACUGUCCUCGGGCACGCGACGGGCAUGGCGCCGCGCGCGCACCUGGCGAUCUACAAGGUGCUGUGGCGGCAGGCGCAGACCGACGGGGGGGGCGACGGGAGCAUGAAGGCGGCAGCGCCGUCGGGGUCCAUGGCGGACCUGUACGCGGCGCUGGACCAGGCCGUGGCGGACGGCGUGGACGUGGUGUCGCUGUCCGUGGGGAGCCUGAGCGAUUAUGAGACGUAUUUCAAUGACGUGCCGUACGCGAAUAUCCAGAAGGCGGGCAUCCUGGCGGUGUUGGCGGCGGGCAACAGCGGUCCGCCCCCCGAGCCCAACAGCAACAUGUACCGCACGCUCUCCAACUUCUCGCCCUUCUACCUCACCGUCGGCGCCAGUAGCAUGGGUCGGCGGUUUGUGGUGCGGUUGACUCUGGGCAACGGUGCAGUCAUGAAGGCGCGUGCAGUGGAGGGGGCUUCCGUCUCUCAGCGCGUGCCCUUGGUCUACUCCCGGAACGCCAUUGCUCCAGGGAGCACCGUCUACCAAGCGGAUCUAUGCGAGCAGGGUUCUCUCGACCCUAACAAAACCACCGGCAAGAUUGUGAUCUGUUCUCGGGGAAUCAACCCGAUUUGGAACAAGACUCUGGCAGUGAAAGACGCGGGCGGCGUGGGCAUGGUGAUGGUGAAUGUGAAGGGUGGCGCGUCCAACUUCCCCGUGGUUCCUGGGCCGCCCCUGCCGUAUGUGCACUUCUCGCUCCUGCAGGCAGCGCAGCUGGCGAAAUACAUGAAGAAGACCAAGAAGCCGCUUGCCACGAUGGGCACGGAAGUGGAAGCAUCGUUCGACGAAGCACCAGCCCUCGCCCCCUUCUCAUCCACAGGCCCGGUCGCAGACCCAGACAGCGCGCAACUGCCCGUCUACCCCACCAACGACAUCCUCAAACCCGACAUUGUCGCUCCGGGAGUGAACCUCUGGGGAGCGUGGAUAUCCUCCACCACGGACGGAUCCGACGGUCCACAGUACUCGCAGCUCUCUGGAACAUCCAUGGCUACUCCGCAUGUGGCGGGGAUCGUCGCGCUCAUCAUGCAGAUGAAUCCUGAUUGGUCGCCGGCGAGGGUUAUGUCCGCGGUUAUGACUACGGCCACUCCCGGAGGGUCGCCUUCGGAUAUCCGAACCAUGGUUAUUUCAUCGUCGGGGGCGGCUGGGGGAAAGCCGGGGACGAGUGGCGGUGGAGGGGGGUACACGUACCGUGUGGUGAAGCCGAUGAAGAAUGCCUUGAAUAAGGAGGCGACGGCGUGGGAGCUAGCGCUUUCCAUCCCUCUCUCUCCGCUUCUCGCGUCAGUCCAGUCCGCCUCGCUUUCCGCCAACCACUCUUCCGCCAACCCCUCCGCCGAUGCCUCCGCGUUUCCGCCUCCGCGCACCAGCGGAUCUGCACUUUCAGAACCGUCAAUUCCCGCCAUUUCAUCCGUUCAAUCCGUGAAUCCAGAAAAGUUAAGAUCACAUUCUUACCUUCCGUCCAAUCAUCCGUCCAUUCCACCCGCCACAUCCAUCGCCUUUUCCCGCCAGCAACACACCCUAGCCUCUCUCCGCGAACGCCUCGCCGGUCCAGAUUCCCCUAGCCUCGGCGAUUUCAUCUUAGGCGCCCAGCGGAAGAGCGAUACCGAUCACGACGGCGAGUCCGGCGGAGACGUGCCAUCUCAGCCGUCCGCCGGGGCCGGACGCGGAUUGGUGAAGGCCGACGCGGGAUUGGGGCUAGGAGGCGUCUACGCGGUGCAGGCAGUGCAGCCGCGGGAAAGGCGGCGAAAGCCUGAUUGGAUGAAGCGCGAGGUAUUGCCCGGAGGAGAGAAAUUUGUGGCGAUUAAGAAACGGCUUCGUGAGUUGAAGCUGCAUACUGUGUGCGAGGAGGCGCGGUGCCCGAACCUAGGAGAGUGCUGGGGAGGGAGCGGCCCGGACGGCGAGGGCGCAACGGCUACUAUUAUGAUCCUCGGCGACACGUGCACGCGAGGCUGCAGGUUCUGCGCGGUGAAGACGGCUCGCAACCCGCCUCCCCCGGACGCGGACGAGCCGCGGAAGGUGGCGGACGCGGUGGGCGAGUGGGGCCUGGGGUACAUCGUGUUGACCAGCGUUGACCGCGACGACCUGGCGGACCAGGGCAGCGGGCACUUCGCGGAGACCAUCAUUCGCCUCAAGGAGCGCCGCCCUGAGAUGCUCGUGGAGGCGCUGGUGCCGGACUUCCGGGGGUCAGCGGAGUGUGUGAGGCGAGUGGUGGACAGCGGGUUAGACGUGUACGCGCACAACAUAGAGACCGUGCGCGAGCUGCAGCAGUUUGUCCGGGACCCGCGCGCCGGCUUUGAACAAUCUCUCACCACGCUGCGCCUCGCCAAGGAGAUGGCCCGCGAGGGCAGGGAGAGGGGCGGGCCAGGCAUGCUCACGAAAACGUCGAUCAUGCUGGGAUGCGGGGAGACCCCGGAGCAGGUUCUCACCACAAUGGAGGCAGUGCGGGCAUCAGGGGUGGAUGUGAUGACGUUCGGGCAGUACAUGCGUCCCACGCGCCGCCACAUGCCUGUCAGCCACUACGUCACUCCCGAGGCCUUUGACCAGUGGAAGAAAGUGGGCGAGGAAAUGGGCUUCCGCUAUGUUGCUGCUGGCCCCAUGGUUCGCUCAUCGUAUCGUGCUGGAGAGUUCUAUAUCAAGGCCAUGCUUGAAGAUGAUAGGAAGCGGCAACAGGAAGCUGAAGUUUCUGUCGCUUCACAUCGUAGCGCGACACCUCGUAUAAGCAUGGGUAAGAAAAAGGGAAGAGGUGGCGGCGGGGAGGACGGCGCGGAAGCAGCAGCAGCGGGGGGAGGGGAGCGGGGAAGCCAUGGCAGCGCGCAAAACGGAGCGGGAGAAGCGCCAAAGAAGGACCACAAGAAGUACCGGAAGCCUAAGCCGUGGGACACGGACGACGUGGAGCAUUGGAAGGUGGAUAAAUUCGACCCCUCGUGGAACCCCACGGGGUUGCUGGAGGAAAGCUCCUUCGCCACGCUGUUCCCGCAGUACCGAGAGAAAUAUCUCCGCGAGGCGUGGCCGGAAGUAACCCGUGCGCUAAACGAGUUCGGAGUGGCGUGCGAGCUGAACCUGGUGGAGGGCAGCAUGACCGUUAAGACCACGCGCAAGACGCGCGACCCCUACAUCAUCGUGCGCGCGCGCGAUCUGAUCAAGCUGCUCUCGCGCUCCGUGCCCGUCACGCAGGCGUUGAAGAUCCUGGACGACGAGACAUACUGCGACAUUAUCAAGAUCGGCGGGAUGGUUCGCAGCAAGGAGCGGUUUGUGAAGCGGCGGCAGCGCCUGCUGGGGCCCAAUGGCUCCACGCUCAAGGCCAUUGAGCUGCUCACUGGCUGCUACGUGCUCGUUCAGGGUAACACGGUAUCGGGCGUCGGCACGCCGCGGGGGCUCAAGGCAGUGAGGCGCAUUGUGGAGGACUGUAUGAAGAACAUCCACCCCAUCUACCACAUCAAGACGCUGAUGAUCAAGCGCGAGCUGGAGAAGGACCCUUCUCUCAAGGAGGAGAUCUGGGACCGCUUCCUGCCCACCUUCAAAAAGAAGAACGUCCAAACCAAGAAGGUCAAGAGCAAGGCCAAGAAGCCGUACACGCCCUUUCCCCCGCCGCAGCAGCCGAGCAAGAUUGAUCUGGCGCUGGAGAGCGGCGAGUACUUCCUGUCGGCGGAGCGCAAGGCGGCUAAGAAGCACGCAGAGAAGAUGGAGAAGCAGGAGGAGGCGGUGGAGGAGAAGAAGCGGAAGAGAGAGGAGGCGUUCCAACCCCCCAAGGUGCGUUGUGUUGUGUCUCUUGUGGCUGGCGGUAGCAUGGCGACUUCUGAGGCGCCUCAAAAGGCGGUGGGGUGGAGGAGAAGAAGCGGAAGCGAGAGGAGGCGUUCCAACCCCCCAAGCUUCCCCCUUUCCAACUGCCACAUUCCCUCCCCCACCUUUCCCCCGCCCAAUAAUAUUCAACUCCCCUUUCUUUCUCCCCCACGCACCGAACCCCCCCACUUCCUCGUUCACCCCUCCUCCCCUCCCCCCCCUCCACCAUCACAGCUGCGCAAGAACACGGCAGCAGGCAAGGCCGCACCGGGCAGCAGCAACAAGGUCACAACGGAGGACGUGGCAUCCAUGGCCAGGGCCCUCAAGGAGAAGACCAGCAAGCCUGCUGCUGGCUCUCGCUUCGUCCAGGGGCAAGGUGCAGAGGCGUUCCUGGCUGUGCCUGUUGCUGGAGGUGCUGGCGGUGGGGAGGGGGAGAGGAGGAAGAAGAGAAAGAAGAAGGCAGCUGCAGCAGAUGAGUAG